AAACCCCCGAACAUCCCCACUUUUGACAAAAAAUUACUUUAUUUUAGGGAGGUGACGAUGUGCAAAGCUGUCGCGUGUGUUUCUUCCACUCUGACUCUCCUCUCCUCGCGCGCGCACUCGGCCUAACGGCUUCCCUUCGCGACGUAACGUAAGUGUACGUAAAGGAACCACUACAGACCCCACGCCUCCCCAGCGCCGCUCAUGAAGACAGUUUGACCAGAUUUCCCUGGCUAAAGUCGAUAAUAUGAUGCAGUGGAUUUACUUUAGAGAGGGCGGGAAGGCAAUAAUGGAUUUCAAAUCGAAACUCUGACGAAGCGAUGCAUUUAUAAAAUGCAGACAAUAAGCCAACGCUGCGGUACGUGUGUACAUGAGUGUGUAUUCAUGAACUACUAAAAGGUUCAGAGGAAUCGAUAGGGAAUUACUCAAAAAACUUACAAAUGCACUUUCAUCAACUCGCAGACGGGGUCAGAACAAUUUAUGCACUUGCUUUAGAUGAGCUUAAUGCACAGCGAGUCUACGCCAGGCCAUAGACUCGCUGGCGUUGACAUGCUGUUUUAUCUUCGCCCCCGUCGCUGGUGUCAAACCACUAAAAUCGAGUUACGGGAGCAUCAUCGGGCUCUCCUCCCACCUCCUCGCCAGCCUCCGAAACGAGUGCAUCCAUUUCCACUGGCUUAUCCGAACGCCAUCAACUCGCUGCAAAUGACGCUCAUUACCAACACAGAGAGGAAAUACUGCAUAUCACUGGGUUUGGCCUAAGUGUGUGUGUGUGUGUGUGUGUACAUAUAUAUCUAUAAACAUCAUCGUGUGAGCUCAGGUUUCCUCAAGAUCUCGACAAGUCCAGACACGGCACUGUAGUCACGCCAGACACGACAGAGACUCUUCUCACAUUAUGCAAUGAAUAAAAAUGAAUCAUCAGUGCAGACCCGUCACGGUUCGGUUGUGUUGUCAGGUUUCUCAGUUCACGCCUAGUCAAAAGGUGUGCAGUGACUGCAUGGUCUGCUCGACUAUGUGUUAGAAACUACUUUGUAAAUAUGGAGCUAUCCAUUACAACAGGUUGGACAUGACAGAGCAAACAUCUAACCAAGAAACGUGAGACGACUCAUAAAAAAGAGACGGAGUUUACGCUGCACAUAAUCCUGCAUGUCCUGUACUCAGGGUGUGUGUGUGUGUGUGUGUGUGUGUGUGUGUGUGUGUGUGUGUGAAGAAGGGAGGGCAAGGAGGGGAGGAAUUAGCAGGAAAUAGAUUCAAGACACAUCAAGAAGUGCAUAAAAAGCAGAGCUGCACUAAGCUGUAUUCAAACGGCUGCAGGAUGAAGAGUUGAAAGAGCCAUUACUGAAACCAAAACUUUCUGCACCGCUGCACCUCUAGCUUCUUCAUUUUCUUUUUUCUUUUUUUCCCCCACUCUCACCGGUUUAUGUGUUUGCUGGACUGUCUGUGGCUUUUUGUGAUGUCACCGGGUUCCUGCGCUGAGGAGACAGACCGGUGCUACGCUGAAAACACCUACAACAGCUGAGAGCCUGAAGAGAGAGAGAAGGAGAGAGAGCUUCAUCCCUCCGCAGCUGAUGAGGCGAAGCGGUGGAGGGGACACUCUGAAGCGGCACGACUGCGGUGCUCACCGGCCAGACCUGGACCUGCUUUAACAGGACAGAAAGUUGGUGAUUUUUGCAGAUUUUUAUCCUGCGGUCUUCCCCUCUGUCUCGGCAAGCUGCGACCAAACAUGGUGCACCCAAACACGACACUCGGUCAGAACAUAACAUGCCCCCCCGACGACAUCAACAACUUCCGUAACCAGGUCUACUCCACGUCGUACUCCCUCAUCACGGUGCUGGGGUUUGUGGGGAACGGCUUCGCCCUGAUCGUGUUGAUCAAAACGUACCGCCAGAUCACGCCCUUUCAUGUCUACAUGAUGAACCUGGCCAUGUCCGACCUGCUGUGCGUGAUGACUCUGCCUCUGCGGGUUCUCUACUACGUCCGAAAAGGUCAGUGGGAGCAAGGGGAUUUCCUCUGCCGCAUCAGCUCCUACUUCCUCUACGUGAACCUCUACUGCAGCAUUUACUUCAUGACCGCCAUGUCCGUCACGCGGUUCCUGGCUAUAGUUUAUCCUGUGAGGAACUUGGGGGUAGCCACGGUGAACCGCGCUCGUUUUGUGUGUCUGGGGAUAUGGGUCUUCAGCAGUUUCGCGUCUUCUCCCUUUCUCAUGUCUGGUCAAUCCAUUGACCCAGAGACAAACAAAACCAAAUGCUUCGAGCCACCGGAACACAAAAGCGAACGUCUACCCAAGCUGCAGGCGCUGAACUACUUUGCUCUGGUGCUGGGGUUCAUCCUGCCCUUCCUGGUUAUACUAAUCUGCUACGCCGGAAUAGUCCGCACUCUGCUUUCUCGCAACCCGGCUGCCCGUCGACAGAAGAGCUCGGCUUCGAAAGCCAUCAGGAUGAUCGUCGUCGUCCUGCUGACCUUCCUGGUCAGCUUCAUGCCGUACCACAUACAGCGCACCAUCCACCUGAGUCUGCUUUCCACGGAGAUGAGCUGCGAGGACAAGAACUUCAUGCACAAGUCUGUGGUGGUGACGCUGUGCCUGGCCGCCUGCAACUCGUGCUUUGACCCCAUGCUGUACUUCUUCUCCGGAGAGAGCUUCCGCAGUCGCCUGUCCUCCUUGCGCCACACGAUGAGACGCAGCACCAUCCGUCGCCCGUCCAAGAUGAAGCACAUAAUCAGCUCAGAGUCCGGGGAGAACCAGAACCAGGUCGAAGGCUUAACUCCGGCAUGCAUGGAGGAUCAUCGAACAAGCAGAGGGUCUCUGGUUAAAGCAGGGAAUGAAAGCAACAUAUAAAGAACACAGAAGGAAAAAAAAGCAAAAAAAACAUUUUUUACAAAUGUUGCUGGGUUUAACGUACAGCAUGAGUAUUAAACGUUCAGUAAGUUAUAAGACUAAUGAAGACAGGUUUCAUUGAAAUGGAUAUUUAUUUUUCAAAAGACUGCUUAUUUAAAUGAGUAAUAUAAUAUCACACGAACAAUAAACGGCAACCUGUUGUACUUCAUAGGUUAGUGGAUGAUCAUAUCGUUGUAGGAAUGCCUCCUGGAUAAUGUUGUAACAGAUGUUUUGAACCCCGAGUGUCAUGAAUGUGUCUUGUUUCAUACGUAUGAAGUACAUGUGCCAUCUUUGUAAAAUAAUGUGGAAGUAAACACAACGUCAAGACAAUAAAUCAUGUAAAUA